GGCAGAUAGAGAUCGAAUCGAAGCAACUACUGGUGGAGGCACCGAGGACCAGCCAUAGCGCCAGUGUUCGCCGAAACUGUGCUUUCUCAAUCCGGCGAAAAGAUGCUCCAGUUCGGCGGCAGGGUGUGCGGUUUCUCCGCGCUCGUCUCAUUGGCUCUGCUGGGCACGGCGGCUGCAUUUUCUGACCUGUUUGACAACCAACUGGGCGAUAUCAAUUACUGCAAAAAGCAAUGCCAGCUCACCAUCAAAAACAAAAGCCCCACGAAAGACUCCAUCAUGAACGCGUGCCACCGUGGCUGCCGCCUCUACUCCAUCUGCCAGUUCGUCAACGGCAAUGCCGGCUUCAACACCAGCAAGGACGAGUGCCAGGGAGCUUGUCAGGAGGCCUACACCAGGCUGCUUGAGCAGGAGGCGUGCUGCACGGGGUGUAUGAGCCAGCCUGCAGAGCCAGAGAUCAAGCGCAGAAAGCUGAAGGCCAUGGCCCACAGGCCCAAGCCCGUGUCGGUGAUGGACGCCGUGUCCAGCUGGUGCAAUGACAUCAUCAGCUCCGCCCAGAGCUUCAUCUCCUCCACCUGGACCUUCUACCUGCAGGCUGACGACGGCAAGGUGGUGGUCUUCCAGAGCCAGCCUGAGAUCGAGUACUCGCUGCCAGAGCUGCAGGCUCCGCGCUCCAGUGUAGCUGACAAGCCCUGGCCCUCCGUUAACACACACACCCAACGCCCACACACAGGUGUGAGAGGUCAUGGGGAGAAAGGCGUGGCCAAGGUUGCCAAGGGCAAACAUGCUGUAGCCAAUCAGCAUGCUGAGGAUGCCGCCACAGAACAUGACUUCCUGGGAUGCAUGUCAAGGCGCUCUGGUCUUCCUCGCUGGAUCCUGGCCGCCUGCCUCUUCCUGUCCGUCAUGGUGAUGUUGUGGCUCAGCUGUGCCAGCCUGGUCACCGCGCCAGAGCAGCACAUCAAGAACCAGCUCAGCAUCAACGGAGACAAGGAGUUUAUGGACGAUCACAAGGUCAACCCCUACCACCUGACACCUGUGAUUGCCGUGGCUAUCGGCCAACCAGACGAGAGCAAGGAGGCGGGACCACUGCCAGUCAAGGUGGACCUGAACAAGACAUCCAUUUAAACACUAAAGGAUGUGGAUGUGGAUAGGGGGGUGGAGAUGAUGUUGCAGUGUAUCUGGUAACCAUUUCUAAUGCUCUACUACGUUAUACUAGGGAGACUAUAAAGGGGGAUAAUAUCAGUCCAGAUUUUAUAUUAAAAAAUAACAGACAAACAGACAAACAAACGAACAUGCAUGGCACCAUUUAUUCACACAACAUGUAUGAACUUGGUAUGCUAGUUUCUCUAUAAAAAAAACAAUCACACAAAGAUGACGAUAAUAAUAACUACUGUAAGUGUGGGCCAACUUUUUUUGUGCUCGUCCCACACCUGCAAAACAAUGUUUCCUCGUGUAGUGCUGACAUAGUAGUCUGCGUUUCAUGUUUCAACACGGUCGAAUUGGAACAAGACGAAACGGAGGGAGAUAAAUAUGAAUGGGUUGACUUGUCUUUAUUAUAAAAUGCACCCCUGAACUGAGCCCAUGUCGAUUUGAGAGGAAGUGAAGAUGAAUUGUCAGCUUCCAUCAGGUACUGUAAUUCCUAUUGUUACAGCGCAUACGGCUAAAUCUCUAAUACUACUGGGACACGUCAAUCACAGACUGGGUAAAUCUUGGACUGAGAUAUGUGUUUAAAUGGAUGCUUUGUAGGCUACAUCACUGGUGCUUGUGGGCUUUUGAAGUGUAUUCGCUGAAACUUGUUUUAAUUUGGAACAAAAUGUUAAACAAGAAAGCUGGGAAGGGUAAAAGGUUUUAGAUGCUUGUUUUCAUUUCAGCAUACAUAGCGCUACUUCCCCCAAAUACACGUACAACAACACUUACUCACAUUGUCCCACAGACACACACACACACACACACGCACACACACACACAUGGCUUUUACUCAAAGAUUUCUGUGUGCUAUCCUCCUUAACACAGAGGCGCAACACUUUCGAAUGUAAAUAUUUAAACAUCUUUGCUAGCUAUUUCACACUUUCAUUUAGAAUGCUACUUAAAGAUCAUCUUGACAGCUAGUCGUUUGUUUGUAAUGCCCAAGUAUAACUAUGUAGGAAGGCAAUAAUACAUAACCAAGUAGUGUGAGAAGCAGCCAGUUGUUUUUUUCGCUCCAGCAGCCAGACAAAAUUGCGCAGUUGACCUUUUCAGAGAGGGCAAGAGAGUGGUGAUGAGUUCACUGUUGCUUGCGAAGCUAAAAAGCAACUGCGGCUUGACGUUUUACACUAAGGAGGAACAGGAGAGUGAGGAAAGAUACGAGAGACCCAUUUCAAAAGUAACACUGUAUGUAUGUAUUUACGUAUGUAUGUAUUUAUUUAUUUAUGAUGCAUAUUUAUUGAGAACCUAUAACCCUCUUCUUUUUUUUCGCUGGGUUUAUAGUUCCACGCCAUCGCAGCUGUACUGUAGAUUGCUAUCGCUAAUCGCAUCCGAGUUUGGCUUCUGUGUACUUGAUCUGUGUGCCACAGGUGAAUUACUUCCGUCGGAAUGGGCAGCCUGGGUUCAUAUGCUACAACCCAAAGUACCACAUACUGUAUGUUCAGGGGAGGAUUAACGAGAAGGCCUUCUGUGGCCAGAGACACUGGGACACCGAUAACGAGGCUCGAGGUCAAAUUGCCCCACCCAGGCCAUACCGUGCCGCUAACGGUAGGGCACUCGUCUACUAAGGGUUUGAUUCGCGGCCAGAUCCCAGAUCCUUUGGCGGCCCUUCCCUGUCUCUCUCUCCCAACUCGCUUCCUGUCUCUCCUCAACUGUCCUGUCUGAUAAUUAAAAAAAACAAUAAAGGCUUGAAAAGCUAAAAAAAAAAUAAAAAAAAAAACGUAAAAAAAAUGCCCCACCCUCCGCUGACGUCAUCAUGGACUGUCAUGCCAACAAGCCUGGCCCCAGGUUCGAAGCUGGAUCGGGUCAACUCUGAUCCCCUUAGCCACAAUGGUGUAACAUGAAGACCUUCGUUGGAUUGUAGCUUGUGAAUUCAGGUUGCCCAUCUCUGGUUUACAGUAUGUUUGCUGUGCAAGAUAUACUGUCCACAUCCUGGUAUCUAAGGACAGCCCCAGCUACAGCUCUCAUGUGACAAUGACUUUAACGACCUUCAAAAUAAGGUCUCAUUUAAGCGUUUCUAAAAGACAAGUGUCGAGUUAAGGAAAUGGAUAUUGUUGAUUUAUCCAUUGUUUUUUUUCUUUUGGUUUUCUUAUGAAGAGAAACCUUCUCUUCUGACUUGUAAUCCUAAGUAUACGUACUUAUAUAUAGAAUAUCGCUUUUAAAAUAGCUCUUUUUGUAACCUGGCUAUGAGACAAAUGACCUCUUAUUUUUCACCGUACCCCCUGCCACUGUGCCCAUGUUACUCCUCCUCUUCUACCCUUGAUGCAUGUUGCCAUAAUAACAGACCUUUGAGACACAACUUAUUUGGCAGAAAGGCUACUAUUUAUGUGUGUGUGUGUGUGUGUGUGUGUGUGUGUGUGUGUGUGUGUGUGUGUGCGUGUGCGUGUGCGUGUGCGUGUGCGUGUGCGUGUGUGUGUGCGUGUGUGUGUGUGUGUUUCUGAGUCAAUGUUAAUAUGAAAUGUAGGCUGUGUGACAGGCUCCCAUCGGUAGACAUGAGGUAAUGAGUACUUGUCCUUCAGACAUGCAGGGCUUAUCCAGUUAACCAGAAGGUCACAGAUGACCAUAGGGACCCCCCUAAUGCUACACGCUCACACCCCUCCUUAUUUCUCCCUUUGAAAUGUUCCCUUUUUUGGUUUCUGAUGAAAUGGUACG